AUGGGAUUGAAACCAUAUCUCGGCCUACAGGGCAAUGCACUGCUGCGGGCAGCUGUCAUGCUGGUAGUAUGUCCGACAUUUACUUGUUACGGAUACAAUAUGAGUGUGGCUGGAGGUCUCUUGACACUCUCGGCAUUCAAUACACAAUUUCCACGGAUGGACACUAUCAACACCACUGGUGCACAGCAAGAGGAGAAUUCACAAAUACAAGGCACUGUGAUUGCUCUAUAUACGGUCGGCGGUAUUUUCGGCGCCCUUUCCUGCGUCUACCUUGGUGAUCUCCUUGGCCGACGCAAGGUCAUCUUCUUUACAAACCUUAUUUCAAUUAUCGGUGCUAUUCUUAUGGCUACAUCCUUCAAAUUUGCUCAAUUCAUCGUUGCCCGACUAGUGCUUGGUCUAGGAACUGGUGGUUAUGUUGCGACCGUUCCAAUUUGGCAGGCAGAAAUCUCUCCAGCCCACAAGCGAGGAUCAAAUGUUAUUACUGACGGUAUCUUUGUUGGAUUGGGUGUUACUAUUGCGCUAUGGAUCGACUUGGGUUUCUACUUUGUGCAGGGUAGCUCCGUCUCAUGGCGAUUCCCUCUCGCCUUCCAAGUGGUUCUCUCCGCGACCGCCAUGAUUUUCGUCUUUUUUAUGCCUGAGUCACCUCGCUGGCUGAUCAAGACUGGCCAGAUUGAGGAGGCCCGUCAUGUAUUGGGUGCGUUGCUCGAGGCCGACCCUGAUUCUAGCACCGUCAACGAAAGUGUGGUGGCUAUCGAAGCGUCUCUCGCCUACUGUGGCUCCGGAAAAUGGACCGAUAUGUUCACAAACGGAAAACAACGCCUUUUCCACCGUACCUAUCUCGCUGCCACUGGCCAGAUGUUCCAGCAAAUGUGCGGUGUCAACCUCAUUACCUACUACGCUACCACGAUCUUCGAACAAUAUCUCGGCAUGGACCCCGUGCGGGCUCGAGUCCUCGCUGCCGCCAUGGGCCUUAUGCAGCCUUUCGGUGGCUUCCUGGCCUUUUUCACCAUCGAUCGCCUCGGUCGCCGACCUCUCAUGCUGUGGAGUGCCGGAGCUAUGUCCAUCUGCAUGGCUGGUCUGGCAGGCACGACAUCCGCUAAGGGUAACACCGGCGCCCUUGUCGUUGCUGUGAUCUUCCUUUAUGCUUUCCAGUUCAUCUUCACCGUCGGUUACUCCGGCCUGACCUUCCUCUAUGCCGCAGAGAUGGCACCUCUUCAGAUCCGAGCCGCUGUGAGCGCAGUGUCUACCAGUACCGUCUGGGCAUUUAACUUCCUGCUCGCCCAGGUCACCCCCGUCGGUUUCUCCACGAUCUCGAAUCGCUAUUAUAUUAUUUUCGCCGUGCUCAACGCCGCUAUCGUCCCAUCUGUCUACUUCUUCUUCCCCGAGACCAAGGGGCGGUCAUUGGAAGAGAUCGAUGAGAUCUUCGCCCAGUCGAAGAGUAUCUUUGACCCGCCGCGUAUCGCCCGUGCCAUGCAAAAGGUGCAUGUGGGCGAAGUUCACUCUGAGAGUGGCGAAAACACUGGGUCGAGUGAUGCUGGUCUAAAGGAGGAUAUCAAGGCAUGA